AUGAGCUCAGGGAAUGAAGUAGAUUGUAUUUAUAAUGACUUUAGUAAAGCGUUUGACACAGUAAAUCAUUCAGUUCUAAUCGAAAAACUACACACAUUAUUUGGCAUACAUGGAUGCUUAUUAGAUUGGUUUGCUUCAUAUCUCACAGAUCGAACACAAAGAGUAGUCAUUAGCGGUUUUGUUUCUAGUGAAAUUAUCCCAACGUCUGGAGUUCCACAAGGCUCGCACCUUGGCCCAUUACUUUUUAUUAUGUUUAUCGAUGAUAUUAAGCACUGUAUCCGUAACUCCGAAUUUGAAUUAUACGCAGACGACCUAAAGAUAUGCAAAAUUGUGAAUAAUAACACAGACCAAAUUCAACUUCAAGAGGAUAUAGAUAGAAUUACAGAAUGGUGCCGGCAAAAUAAAAUGUCUCUCAAUACAAAUAAAUGCUAUCACAUUAAAUUCUCUCGAAAAUUUAACAAAUAUAAUAGUAGUUACAAUAUAAAUGGUGUAGAUUUAGCGAAAGUAGAUGAAGUGAAGGACUUAGGCAUUGCUAUUGACACUCAUAUGUGA